AUGGGCCUUGCAGAAGCUUUACCGCACUUUCCAGAUCUUGUCUCGCUGGAUCUAUCAAAGACUGCAGCCGCGAGAGACAAGGCGGUUCUUUCCACCUUCAAGUACCUCCGAAAUCUGCGCGUGCUGAAUCUUCGCGGAAUUGGCAUCAGGGAUGAGGAGUUCUCAGUAGUUGCGCAUGCAAUCAGCAGCCGCGUCAGAAGCCUUGAUAUCAGCAACAACCUUUUGACCGACACUAGCGUGCGACUCCUUCUUGAACUGUGCUUGAAAGAGAGGGUUGUUGUGACGCAUUCUUCUCGUGGACCACUGGCGCCUGUCGAGAACGCCAACCCAACCGAUGGACCAGAGACCUUUGAAUCUGAAAACCUCGUUGGCCAUCUUCGCAAAAAGCUUACAGGCGGCUUCAUCGGCAGUCUAAGCAUUGAGGAGUCGAGCGAUGUCGGAGUUUCGCACUUGUAUCUCUCCAGUAAUGCAAUAACUGUUGAAGAGUAUGCUUCAUCUAGACUGCGAUACUUGCGGAUCAACUACGAGUUGGUAACAGAAGACGCCCCUUUGGAAACGCCCAAUUCGCCGCGCGCGGAACUCACUGGGGACCUCGCUAUCUACAAACCUCCAAAUGCGCAUGAGCUCGAAGCUGUAGAGCCACCGACACCCGAACUCGACUCCAUCCCAUUAGCUGUACACGAGGUUUCAGGGGACUCAUCAUAUCCGGUUGAGCUUCCCGGCUCACCUGUAACGCCUCAACUCGCUGAAAACGACAGGCCAGAAUCAGAAUUUCCCGAUGGUGAAAGACGAGACGCCAAAAACGUUCCUAAAAUAUGCGUUACUCCACAAUCACUACAAAUCAACCGGGAUCCUGCCUGCGCUCCGGAAGUCAUACCUGUAGACUCGCCAUUGAGCCCUCUUAGCCCACUGGGAAACGGGAUCUACCAGCCUCACGCAGCUGCAAACAGACAGGAUCCUGGAGAACGUCUUUCAUCGUCUACGCCGACCCACGGCAGCAGUGCACUGGAUCAACCGACCCCCAAGACUACGACGAGGUCACGAGGCAAUUCGUUCUACUACAUCGAGGACAGAAAAGUCCGACUGGACUUUCGCCAAGCAAGUGAACCUCGACUAAAUCCUGGGAUGCUUCCGAAGCUUCACACUCUCGUUCUAACAGAUGUGCCGACCAUGACCAGCGAUAGGAAAAUCGUUCAUCGGAUUAUACAGUUCAUCAAGGAUGCAGCCGAGGAGGCUUCAAUCGCCAAGCAACGGGCCAGGCACACUUAUGUGCUACCGCCAGGACGUAGGCGUGCCAUAGCAGAAGAAGAGUAUGCACGAAACCAGUUUGCCCUUCGGAGAGUAGUACUUGAGAUGGCGGCCCCACAGUCAGCGCCUAAGAAAAUCUCUACCAGUUGGCGGGCUUAUCCAACAAAGUCAACUACUGAAGAUGCGGACUCUGAAGCAUUUUGGGAGGCAGCAACGCAUGACUUCUCCUUCUUCGACGAUGAAGAGUGUGGACAGCCUGGUCGUGAGCCAGGCCGCAGUCUGCCCUUGGCAGCUAUGAGCGGAUUGGAGCUUGCACCUAGCAAUCCCGUCUCACCAGUGGACCCCAGUAAAGAUGUUCAUGAUGCAAUUCCGCUCAUCGAUGUGGUGGGUGAGAUUGGCAAGUUUCGGCGAGAAAGGAAGGCCGCAUACAAUAAUUUAGUGGAGAUGGGCAAGGCUGAACCCGAUGUAGAGGGGUACUGGCCUGGGGAUAUUACGGUCCUAAGGAAGCCGGCAAAUUCAGAAGCUGGGGAACUCGACUGUUACGGCAAUCGGUAUGAGUUGGGUUGGUUCUACCGUUGA